CUAGAACAAUGCCUGCAAAAUUCCAACAUCAAUUGGGGCCAUGGGCUCAACUCCCAAACAAAAUCGUCCUGGUCACUGGCGCAUCCUCCGGCCUCGGUCUCGAAUUCUGCCUCGAUCUCGCUGCAGCCGGCUGCCGGAUCGUUGCAGCUGCUCGAAGAAUUGACCGGCUCGAGUCCCUAUGCCAUCAAAUCAACAAAGUGGACGGUUUAAUUGGUCGAGCUAAAGUUGUGGAACUCGAUGUCACAGCGGACGGUCCGAUUAUCGAGGCUGCUGUCGAAAAAGCUUGGAGCGCAUUCGGGCAAGUCGAUGUGUUGAUCAACAACGCUGGUGUGAGAGGGCCCAAGAGAUCAUCACUGGAGCUUUCAGAUGAGGAUUGGAGCAAUGUGGUGAAAACAAACUUAACUGGCUCAUGGAUCGUUUCCAAGCACGUCGGCUCAAGAAUGCGCGCAGCCGGCCGCGGUGGCUCCAUAAUCAACAUAUCAUCCAAUGCCGGCCUAAACCGAGUCUAUCACAGCGGUGGCGUGGCCUAUAGUUCCUCCAAAGUUGCCCUCAACAACAUCACCAAAACAAUGGCGCUAGAAUUGGGAGAGUAUAAUAUAAGGGUGAAUGCGAUCGCACCGGGAUUGUUCAAAUCGGAGAUAACGGAGCAACUAAUGGUGCAUAAAUGGCUGCAAAAUGUUGCGGAGAGAACGAUUCCGCUUCGAACAUUUGGAAGUUCGGAUCCAGCACUUACUUCACUUGUUCGUUAUUUGAUUCAUGACUCCUCUGCUUAUGUUUCUGGGAAUGUCUUCAUCGUUGACGCUGGCUACACUCUCCCAUCUUUUCCCAUUUUUUCUUCCCUCUGACUCUCUCUCUCAUUUCAGUCAUUUGAAUAAGGCUCAUGGGCUUCUUUCCAAUUCAAGAAAAGGUCAAUAAAUUGUUCAGUAGUAGAUCAUAUUCCAAUUGUGUGUGUGUUUUAAUUGAGCUUGCAAUUAGAAUCAUGUGUUUAAAUGUCAAUAAAUUGAAAUGGUCAAGUUGGAGUGAGAGUAUAGACUUGUGUUUUUCAUUAAA